AUGAACGGCAGACCAAUCCCGGGGUUCUAUUGGGAUCCUGAAAAGAAAAAGUACUUCCGUGUCCAGGCCAACCAUGUUGCACCUGCCGGAUCUCAGUAUUCCAAGGAGGCCGUCAAGAGAAGAAAGCUCGACAACGAGCAACGACAACGCCAAGUCGCUAUCGAUCGACGUGUGCGACGAGAACGCGUGCGAAGAUCAAGAUGUAUGGACUACGUAUUCACUAGGCUAGGUGAUGAGAUCGGCAAGACCUUUAUACCGGGGUUCGCAAGGAAAUCUCAGCAAGGAAGGGUCUACGUUAGCCAACUCCAAAGACAUAGUUUAUGCAGUCUAGGCUAUUCCAAUGUGUAUGACUUUGCUCGCCAUGGUCCAUCUGGAACUCUUGUUGCCGCAACAUGUUUGCCAAAUUCGACUGCGAUAACGAUGUGCCCACCAGCUUCGAACUCAAAGACUGCGGAUGUGUGGAAAUACGACAUAAAACAGAAUUCGGCUAGUUCUUUGGUGCAGUAUGAGCUAUCGUCUAUGUCUCUGUGCGAUUCUGGGUAUCUUUUAGCUACAUAUCUCAACGGGACGUCAGGCGACUCAAUGGCAGAACUUGCGCAAAUUCCCGAUUUAGAUUCCCAUACUAGGAACACUUCUGUCAUCUCAUUAGCAUCUACAAGGUCCCUUGAGAUAACUUUCUGGUGUUCGGAGGCUCGACCUAACAGCUCUUCGGAUCCAAUAUUCGCCGUCGGGACAUCCGACGGAUUGCAAACGAUUCAUAUCGACACAACCCUCAGAAGUGAUUCCAAGAAUGUUCUUAGAAGGCCGAAGGAUGUACUUGCCGUGGAAUGGCUCAGUCGGACUGUGAUAGCCUCUGGAUUUCGGGAUUCAUUAUUGUUUCUAAGUGACUUGCGCAGCAACGACAGUGUCCAACGUAUCAAGCAUCCAGGUAUGAUUGGAGAAAUAAAGAAGAUCGAUAAUCAUCAGUUGGUUGUGGCCGGAACUCGUUCUCUUCAAAUGUACGAUUUACGCUUUCCAAAAACCGAAGUGAAGACAGGCUCAAAACGGCAUCGUCGUGGUGGUGCUUCUUCGACAAAACCAUAUCUAGUCUUUGAAAACUAUAACCGUGAAAACUACCAUUCGAUGGACGUUAAUAAGGAGCUGGGGUUGCUUGCCACGACCACCGAGGACAGACGGAAUAUCCGCUUCUACUCUCUUGCUGAUGGUUCCAUAGUACAGUCACCUCAUUCAUUGCGUGACACUUAUAAUGACCGUACAUUUAUCAACAAGAUCCGAUUCGAAGAAUAUCAGUACCCUAUGCAUCAGCGACAGGAACCACGAUUAUUGUAUGCUCAGGGUCCGGACAUUGUUGAGUUGGCAUGGUGA